GAUCUCUCCAGUCCGAAGUGGGAAGCUCUCCUCUCUCUCUCUCUCUCUCUCUCUGGGCGCGCGGAGAGGGUAUAUUUUUAGAGCGAUCGCCUCCCUGCUCGGCACCACGUGUGCUGCCCAUGUUGCUCGGAAUGACUGGCCCCUCUUCGGCCUGCUUGCCAGUCUUGCUCCUGGGACUGCUGUCGCCUUGGCUGGCCGGGCGCUGCAUGCCCGCCUUCGCCCAGCCCCACCAGCAGCCCCAGCACAACGACACCCUGGAGUGGCGCUGGGAGACGCUCUUCUCGCGCUCCAUGGCCAGGAUCCCCGGGGAAAGGAGGGAGCCCAACCGCGACGGCGACUAUCUGCUGGGCAUCAAGAGGCUCAGGCGUCUCUAUUGCAACGUCGGCAUUGGUUUCCACAUCCAGGUGCUGCCAGACGGCAGGAUCAACGGGAUCCACAACGAAAACCGGCACAGUAAGUCGCCACCUGCGCCCACCUGGCCAGGGACUGUGGCAUUCUCCACGGGCGUGGGAUCUGGCCGCUUUGCAAAGGCCCGCCAGCCCAUUCCACAAUUGCCUUCUGGGGAGUUUUGACGUUCCUUUAACGACAGGGUUAAAUCUUACCACUUCGGAGCUCACCGGGCAGUUUUCUCCUGGGAGGGUGUGGGAAUAAUGAUCAUCUGAUGUCAUCAGUCCCUUAUGUUCCGGUCUGGUCUGGAGCGCAUUUUCUUGCAUGCAGGGAGGUGGACUAGAGGACCCUUGGGGUCUUCUCCACCAGCUCGACAGUUCUGUAAUUCUACCUAGAAUCGCCCGAGCAAAGGUGCUUAGUCAAGCAAUGCAAGGAAAAGGAAGGGAAAGAGGGUCUCAGCAAAGCGGGCCUGCGCUGCUUUCGAUGCCACCCAGGUGAUCAAGUCCCUUAGACCAAUAGUAUUGACCCAGCCUCCCCAAAAGCAAAAGCAAACAGAUUCGGAAGCCAGCAACUUCGGAGAUGCCUCCGUUAAACUGGUGGAACUAAAGGGCGUUUUGUCAGGUUUCUAUGGUUAGGAAACACUUCUGCAGACGGGGGAGAAAUAUGUCAGGUGUGGCGAUUUUACUGUGUGUUGCUUCAUCGCAUUGCGCAUAUGCAGCAAAACGCAUGCAUGUGAAGAUGAUCGCCCCUGUUGAUUUGCCAUUUUCAUGCUGUUUCCCUUAUAAAUAAGUUUAUUCCUUGGGCAUUUUGUGUGUUUGGUCCAAGGGAAAUUGCAGUGUGUGAAGAGUCUCUUAAUGGGAUCUGUUAGUCAUUUCUACCUCCAUACUCAAUUUUGAAGGGGGGGAAAAUAGUCAUAUAUGGCAAAAGAGUAUGAUCAAAUUAUUCCAUUUUUAAAGCCAUUAGUCCUCAUGAAUGCAUAGGGAAAGUGUUUAAAAUACCUAAUGCAAAGUGCCAGCUUGGGAACUAUUCAUUUUAUCUUCUGUAUAACAGCCCGAUGCCAUUCAGAUGUUUUGGGUUACAACUGCCAUCAGCCCCAGCCAGCACAGAGUUUGGGGGCGGGGGGGGCAACAGGUUGGGGAUGACUUCUCUAUCAUUUAGGCAGCUAUAUAUUCUGUGGCUGGCUGAGUUACUCUUGCUCUAGAGUGGGAUACGGGAGGACGGCAAUCUAAAAUGUAAAAAAAAAAAAACAGCAUUCUUAAAUUCUGGGUUUGUAAGCUUGGUUGCAUUAGGUAUUUCAAAUGGAGUUCGGUCCCAGAAAAUAAACCACUUUGCUCAUCCCCAGCUCUGAGUUCAGGAACUGGUUACACAGAAAAAAAAAGUUGCGUCACUCCCACUGUGAACAGAGUAAACUGUCUUGAAGCAAUUGUUGCAUGGGCUCCUAGAAAUACUACUACUGAUCAAAAGGAAUCAGGUGUUUUUCACUGUCCCAGCGGGAAGCCUCCUGGUUUGCAGUGAGACACUGCUCAAAUAGCACCCCCCCUUCCUUUUGCAAGAGGGUUGCAAAUAGUUAAUUUGGGAUUCCAGAUCCCACAGAAGCUCUGCCAAGAAGUUAGGGCAGUCCACUAGGAAAAGCAUCUGUUAGUGACUUAACCUCAUGGCCCUGUGGCUCUAAUUCUAACUACGGUCCAACUGAAACAAUAGGACUGGGGAGGAAGGGUUAGAGACAGCAGCAUGACAAAUGUUUCACAUGUCCUGAAACAUAUUGUUACUUAUUUUAACCUGGACGAUGUGGGGGAUCACUGCCAACCAUUAAAACAUGCACACACACAUACACACACACAAACUCUUUAACCGUAUCCGGGUGCUUUUGUGGUGCUCUGCUGUCACUUAAUGAAUGGAAGGAGUUUAAAGGAGUUCAGUUCACUUAAGGAAUGGAAUUGCACAGGACUCCUAUACACACUUACCUGGGAGAAAAUCCAUUCAUCUCAAUGGGACUGACUUCUGAGCCUGCAUGCAUAGAGUUGCCAAUGUAGACUGAUUAUUAGGCAGCAAACCUCAUCAGGGUCAAUCUACACACAUGACAACUGCCACAGAGAACCACUUCAAACCAGUCCAUGUGCAGUGUUUAGCACAUGGAAAGUCAUUCAGUGUGGCCAACCAGAAGGGGUAGUUUGACCAUGUCAACACAGUUCGUUCCUUUUCAGAUAUCUGGGCGAUCAUGGGGGAAAUAAUAAUGCGUGGUGCAUGCAGUAGUAGAUGUAUAUGGGGAGAGGAAGACUAAAUUGUGCCCCUGAGUAGAGAUUCACCCUACUCUGCUGAAGCAUAGUGCCUUGAUAAGCGUGUGUGUGUUCAAGGCUGCAAAAUGAAGCUUGGCACCCAGAGCGUGAUUCCUAUUGUCCAGUAUUAUUGUGUCAUUAGCCUGCAUCCUUGCUAGAUGCUGCCAGCUUCUAGGAGCUGAGCCUCUAUCACGUAACGGUCCUUUGUUUGCAUCACCACAACUUUUCCAGUAAUUUGAAUGUCAGUUACUUUGGCUCACUCAGUGAGAAAAGCAAUUUCUUAUUAUUAUUAGAAGAUUGAUCAGUAAAUAGAUAGAUAGAUUAGAUAUACGCAGUGCUUUUUUCUGAGGGGUACUCAACAGUUUGUAGUACCAGCACUUUUUUUAAUGGAUAUAUUAAAAGUUUGGUACUUACUGUAACAACUUCAUGGUGAAUGCCAGCACCAUUUUUCUAGAAAAAGCACUGGAUAUAUUAUUAUUAUUAUUUAUUUAUUAUUAUUUAUUAAAUUUGUAGACAGUCUUAGAUGGGACACAGGAGGCGUUGUGGGUUAAACCACAGAGCCUAGGACUUGCCGAUCAGAAGGUCGGCGGUUCGAAUGCCCGUGAAGGGGUGAGCUCCCGUUGCUCGGUCCCUGCUCCUGCCAACCUAGCAGUUUGAAAGUACGUCAAAGUGCAAGUACAUAAAUAGGUACUGUUCCAGCGGGAAGGUAAACGGCGUUUCCGUGCACUGCUCUGGUUCGCCAGAAGCGGCUUAGUCAUGCUGGCCACAUGACCCAGAAGCUGUACACCAGCUCCCUUGGCCAAUAAAGCGAGAUGAGCGCCGCAACCCCAGAGUCGGUCACGACUGGACCUAAUGGUCAGGGGUCCCUUUACCUUUAUACUGUCCUAUACCUGUAGAUCUUAGGGCGUUCACAACAUGAAACCACAAUAUAAAAAAACAGAAAAUACAUAAUAAAAACAAAAACAAAGACAACACAAUAAUCCCCCCUUCCACAACAUAUUUUAGAAGGGUAUAUACAGUAGACAUAGAAUUAUUAACAGUAGGAUGUCCCUCCAACCUCCAUUAUCACACACUGACAGACACCAAGUUGUACAUUCGCAUGUUCCACCACACACACAACCAUAGGAGAAAAUCGCAUCAACCUUGCUCUAUACAGCUUAGCACAUGAGAGUCACCACCAAGUGGGGCAACUGAAAGUAUUUUCAACAAAGUGACAGUAACACAUAGAGCAAGCCUACAUCUACGCAUUAGAUUGCUUUAAAGAAACCAAGCCUUUGGAUCACAACUCGUUAAUUCUAGAGUAUCCCAAAGAGAUCGAAGGAAUUGCUCUGAAGCUGAGCACCUUGGAGAUUGUUGAACAAAGUCAUCUGUUCACAAUACAUAGGAUGUGCUUAGGAGUGGACUAUUCCCAAACACUUACUUCUGAGUAGCCCCAUUGAUUACAUCAGAAAAUGGAUUCAGAAUUGUAUCAUUGCUGCUAAAUCAGUAUAGCAUCCUCUUAUCCUUUUCCAGAGGGACAUCUAUGUUAGUCUCUUGGAGCAAAAACAACAGAGACUGGUGGCAUCCUAAAGACUAAUAUAUUUAUGAUGGCAUAAGCUUUCAUGGACUAUGGUCUAUUUCAUCAGAUAUAUGAAAUGUUAUUCUCAGUUGCUGGUAUUUGUGAUUUAAGAGAACAGCAAUGGCUUACACUCAGAUAUAUCUCUUAGCUGGCUCCCUAUGCAUUUUUCCCCUUCUUACAGGUUUGCUUGAAAUCUCUCCUGUGGAAAGAGGAGUGGUGAGCCUCUUUGGUGUUAAAAGUGGACUCUUUGUAGCCAUGAACAGUAAAGGCAAACUCUAUGGAGCUGUAAGUAGUCUUGAACGUGCUCAACUAUGUGUCUUUUAAAGUGUUGAUGUGUUGUUUUGAUGUAAAAUGGAGUGCUCCUAAGUCUUGACCCUCUCAAAAUAUAUUAACAUGGAAACCAAUGAGAGAUACCCAGCUAAGUAAUGCUCAGAGCAGAGUAGUCUAUUGAUUUUAGUGGUUCUGCUCUAAGCAAUACAAACAUCGAAUAUCAAACAAUAAUUCCACACACACCCUUUUAUUUGAUGAAUAACACUUUAAACUGCAGGAAAAUCAGCACAGAAAUAUUUGAACCAAUGCAUAUUUUAAUAGUCAGGUUAGGUUACUGAGCAAGUCUCAGUGGCAGUUGUUCAGUUAUCUUCAGUGUGGACUAUGGUAGAGAACUAUAAGUGCUUGGGUACCUCCCUUGCCACUGGAAUCUUAAUGUGCAAGCUUAAUGUGCAAAAAAUAAAAAAGACAGCACCUGGUUAUCUUGUUUGGCAAGUUAAAGGGCAAUACAAAAAACUUCAAUCUGAUAAUAUAAGGAUUUACACAUAUUUGUUUUUACGAGGCGAUAAAAAAUAAAUUCCAAACUGUGUUCCAGGGACACAUUUGUGUGGUGCUAUUGCACAAAUAUAUUUAAAUAAAAUAAAAUAAGGAUGCAACCCGAUAUAGAGUACGCUUACCUGGGAGCAGUGCAGUAAAGUAGCAGUAAAGAGAGGGGGCUGUGCUUGCUGUGUCUCGACAACAUCUGAUGCUCUGGCUUUCCCCCUUUUCAAUUAGCCUCUGCUGGAGACUGCAUUGAGUGUGACUGCACCAGUCAUUCUGAUGCAGAGGUCCAGUAGAAUUAUCUGCCCUCUGAGAAAGCCUGUGUAGGGCAGCAACAUGUCAUUGGACACCAGUUCCAUGGAGAGCCACAAGCUCCCCAAAGCUACUUGAUUUAGAGCAUCCAAAACAUCACAAAAUAGUGAGCAAGCUUUUGAGUUCUCCGGAGUUUUUCUUCAACCUGGGUGUUAGGGAAGGAAACAUGGGAGAAAGAGCUGGAUAUGAUGUUGGAGUCCCAAAGCCUGCCACUUUUACUAGUCUUAAGAUGGAGUGCCAGAAGAUUUUGGGAUGGGGAACUUGGACUCUGGGUUGGACUCUGAACUCCCAUCAGCCCCAGUCAGCAUGGCAAAUGGUCAAGGCUGAUGGGAGUUGGAAUUCAACAACAUCAGGAGGGCCACAGGCUCCCCAUCCUGCUUUAGAUAGUCUCAAGGAGCUCCCAGGUCGAAGUUGGUUGUGGAAUUGGCGCUGCUCACCCACACCGGUAUUUGCAGGGUCUGCUGAACAUUGUCAUCAUCAAAUUGCUGGCAUUUUAAUCUGCAUUCCUCCUUACUUCAGAAAAUCCAACAUGGAAAAACAACUCUCUCUCUCUCUCUCUCUCUCUCUCUCUCUCUGUGUGUGUGUGUAUAUAUAUAUAUAUGGUUACUGGUGGUAUGGAAGUUUAUGCGUGCAUUUCCCCUCUGACAGGUACAUUGUCACAUGUGUAGUGAUGUUUCUGUGGCCUCUAAUGCUACGUUCUUACUUCCAUUUCUUCCUCAUUGAGGAAGCCAUUUUGUUUUCAGUGGCCCAAAGGAUAGGACCAUGCCAGCAAUUGCUGGAUGCUGAAUUCACAUUUGAACAUUCUAGUUAGGAAGAGCUGCUCUCUCAAGAUCUCCAUCCAAGACAUUACCUUGCAGCUGGUAACAUAGCACAUACAUCAUGCUAUAAUGAUAAUAAUAUUGAUUGUAAUGAUAUUAAUAAUAAUUCUUCGGAAUGCUUGAGCAGUCAACAUUAUUCAAGCAAGUAAGCAAGCAAACAAUGGGAAACGGAUAUUCUACCACCAUCCCUUGACAGCACAAGCCUUCAAUUUGUCUAUCAUGACACAUGAUAACUAAGUCAGGCAACAUUUGCUCUUGUGCACUAAGUAGCAAUUUUUGGUGCAUAUUCACAGGUACAGAAAUACCUGUGUGCAUGCCCAGUAUUGAAGAUGGCUAUGGAUAUAUUGCAUUAUGGUCAACCCACUAAUUUGGAUGGCAAGCAGUGGAAUAGCAAUGAAGAUCUAUGACUGGAAAAAUGGAAAUGUGUUGAAGCUAACCAAACACACACAGAGAACAAUUGGAUCUGAAUGAUCCAGUUGUAGUCUGGAAGCAAUCCCAGUCUGGAAGCACCAAGCACCAUUAAUUAGCUAAGUCCCGGCAAAGUUCAAAAGAGCUUUCCUCUUGCACAAGGAGCUGCUGAAACUAAGAAGCAAGAAGUGCUGCUUCCUAUAUUUUGAAAAUAUAAAAUCUAGCAAUGGCUCAGACCUAUCUCCAGCACAGAUUCAGUCCCUUGUAAGGUGAAGUUUGGUUUCCAAUUUUAAUUUAAAAAGAACAUGUAUUGGAGUUAUCUAAAGUGGGGAAAACACAUUGUGCCGCAAUCUGAUGAGCAAUUGCACCAUUUGCUUAUUGGCCAUUGUUUGAAAAAGGGACAAAGCAAAUCAGUAAAUGAUAUUCAGACUUCAGAUACACAAAUAUUCAUCUGAUCUUCUGGAGAAGGAUUUAGUUGUUUGUAUCUGCAUUUUUACAAAAAAAAAAAAAGUUUUACAAAAAACACACAAACAAACCAUACACAAUCUUGAGAACAAAUAGCCAAAGGCAUUUCAUUUCUUGAGGCCCACUUGGUUACUAAAAAUAAUGCAAGUCUUGUUUAUGGUCAUUUCCAGCUGUCCUUCUCUUGUGGCCUCGCUGUUUGUCUAAGCUCAUGUGAGCAGGGCUUUCAGUCCAAUGAUUCCGCAACGGGAUCACUUUUGCAUUGACUUGUCCUAAAGAGCUAUGGAUGCAAAAGGCUCAAGGCUUUCAUUGCAAAAGUCUUUAACCUUGGACUUCUUCUCACUUUGGGAGAUAUAAUUGAGUGUGAUGCUUCCUUUUGUUUUCUGCGUCUAUAGAGAUUUGUCACCAAUUAUCUUUUCCCUUCUGCAGUAUUAUAACAUUUUGUGUGUUUGAGCAAAGGCUGCAUCCUUUGCUCUACAUCUCAGAAAAAGCCCUUAGAGCAGCUCUGCAGCAGCGGCAGCUCAAAGGCCUUUCUAUUCCUUCUAGCAGGGCUCAAAGGCAGGAACCCCUUUCCACUGUUGCUUCCCAGCAGCUGGGAUUCAGUGGGUUACUGAUUCCAGAAAUUCCUCAUAGCCAUCAUGGCUUGUGACUAUUGAUAGCCUGGUCUUUCAUGAAUGUCUCAUUCUCCUUCAAAAGCAAUCUAAACCAGUGGCCAUGAUCACCACGUCUUUGUGCUACUACAUGCCAUAUAAGAACAUUUGAGUAUAAAAUGUCCAAACCACAGUCCACAACACCUUAGUUCCAGUUGGAGAAAGUAGUUUGUGGAUUACUGGGGUCCACAAGGGCCUUGAGAUGCCACACUUGCAUUUACGUAGCGUAUUGAGCGAUGGCAUAUGUAGUCUUUGGGUUGUAGUAUAAAAGUCUACAUGCAGAGAAGAUGCAGGUCAGUGGAGACUUGGAAUAGUGCAAGAUCUUUUCUUGCAGUGUCUCUGAGAAAAAGCCAAAGCCUUGGGCUUGUAAUGUAUCCUCUAGCUGUGAUGUUGCUAUUUGCAACAUUUGCAAAAGUCAAGAUCAGCUCAAGAUUAGCAAAGUAGAGGGGAGAAGUAGUGAACUUAAUGUGAAGGCUCAGAAGGUCAGUGUUCCAGCGACCAGGGAUCUUGAUUUCCCAGGAGAUGGGGCAAAACCAAACAAUGGACAAGGCUUAGAAUUGUGUACCUGUCAGUAACUCUGUCUAGCUUCCUGUUUUACUAUAUCUUCCCAUUAGAUUUAGUCAUUUUCCUCAUCAGUGUGCUGUUCUGAACUUCAACAACUCUUUGCAAUUUGCUUGGCGGAUUCCCAUCAGUUUCAGAAAAUCUGUUUCUAAUAAACCAACAGUUCUGACUUUGACCCUUGGAUGGUGAUCAGCAUUCUAUGAUGGAGAUACAUGGGUGUUUUCCCCCUCCCCCCUCCCCCCCAGCUCUGGCUAUGCCAUAUAUGUUUUUUAACCUGGGAAAACACCAUUCUCUUUCACUCCCUACCCGAGAUAGUGCAUCGAUACAAUAAAGAUUGCACUGUGGAAUGUGGUAGUGCAGGUAUCAUUGGGGCACCUAUCAGAUUUUGCCUGCGAUAUGUAUGGAGAUGAGCCCCACGACUCUAUCCCUAUGCCAUUUUGUAACUUUGAAACGCCCUAUUUCAGCAAGCCACAAAGCGACUUUAUUUAGGAAGAAUGCUGGGAACACAAGCAAAACUCUCCCUGCCCCUCUCCCACCCUUGCCUCUUUAUACAACCCUUUUAGCUUACUCCUCCGGGGCUGAGAAUUCCCCCUCUCUAGUACUAGAGUGCAUAGCUCCCCUGAUAAAAAUCUCCCUUCGAGUCCAAUCUCCCUUCUUCGAAACAUCCUUAAUGUAAUGGAAAGAUGUCUCCCUCCCACUUCAUUUUUAAGGCAGCUGCCUGAGGAUUUUCCAUGCAUGUACAGAUCCUAGAGGGUUUACAGUUGCAAGUGUAAGAGGAGACUUUUCCCUGCAGUUGAGUGCAUGCACCCACAUGCUUCAAACAGCCAAUUCAUUUAGUUGUGUGUGUGUGUGUGUGUGUGUGUGUGUGUGUAGCAUUCAGCUAUGCACUACUCAGAGUAGACCCAUUUAAAUUAGUAGACCUAACUUAAUCAUGUUUCAUAAUUUCAAUACAUCACUCAGAGUAAAUCUUAGUUGACUUUGACCCAUAGAUUGCUGAGAUGAGGCUGGAGGUCUGACUGGCCAAACAGUCAGAGAGCAGAUUCCGUGGUGGAAUCACUGUUGGGGUAGAUAUCCCUGGAAUCAUUAUUGCGGUGGAUUUCUGAGGUGGAUACUGAGAUCUACCCCCAAUGUGGGUCAGAAGAUAGCGGAGGCUAUUUGCAGUUUGUACUGUGUUGCUGGAUGGAGACAUGCUACUGGAAAGCAUUAUGUACUAGCAGCUGAAAGACCAUGCCAGUAUCCUUAACUGCAGGCGGACUUGACGCUGUGUUUGUGCACCAAGCACAGAUGAAUCAUUUUGUAAACCCGUAUGAAGCAUACAGGUAGGAAUGCAGGCACCUGAAGAUAUCCAGGUGCUGAGUCCCAGUGGUGGUGGUUUGUGUGAGCAAAUAUGUAAGAAGCAUUUCCAGGGGGAGGGAGAAGGUAUACAUUGCAGUAGGCAUUGGGGUGGGCAGCUUCUGCCAACACUGUAUUACCUAUGCUAGUGCUUUGUUAAGGCCAAGAGUCCAGAAAUGGAUCUCCUAGGCCUGGAGUGCCACCGAUAAGAAAUUGAAAAGUUUGGAGACAAUGUAGAUUUUUAUUUUGCUGCUUCUAACCAUUUCAAAAAACCAGCAUGAAGUGAGACGCUGGGCUGUGCACCAAACAAAAGAUUCAGUACAACCUACAGUUUGGCACAUUGGAAAAUUGCCCAAUUUGAUCUCAAACGCUUUGAAGGCUGCCCCAUUUGACUUGGGUCUGAAUUUGAAUUCCUACUGAGAAAAAAAUGAAGUGUCAGGCCUCUCCCAUUAAGGGGAUUUUUAAAAACGGCUGUAGCCUUUCCCUUUUGACAAAAUUGGGUGAAAGUUUCAUGCACCGUGUGUCUUUUAUAUGAAUAAGGCCUUGCAGAAAAAUAGGUCUAGAGGAUUGUUUUGUUGUUGUUGUUCUGGACACCUUUACUUUUUGUUUUUAAUGGAACUGUCCAUAUAUCUUCUCUAUAUUUGUUGGCAGAAUUGGGUAAAAUUUGCAGGCAAGGUUAUAAUAAUUUUAUAAUAAUUUAUUAUUUCUACCCCCAGCCACUCUGGGCGGCUUCCAACAGAACCUUAAAAACAGAAUAAAACUUCAAACAUGAAAAACCUCCCUAAACAAGGCUGCCUUCAGAUGUCUUCUAAAAGUUGGAUAAAGUUGGAUAGUUGUUUAUUUCCUUGACAUCUGAUGGGAGGGCAUUCCAUAGGGUGGGAGCCACUACCGAGAAGGCCCUCUGCCUGGUUGCACCUUACAGUGGGGUAGGAGAACUGGGGGGGUGGAUCCCCUUUUAUUUUGUGGGCAAUUUGCGUAAAAGUAAUGUAUGUUAUUCAGUGCUCUCAUAUAAGAAACCUGCCAAAUUACAGGCAAGCAGGUCUGGGGUGCAUGUGCUAGGUGCAUGCAAAAAUUGUUUUUUUAAGGGGGAGAGAGAGGAGCAAACCUGUUUCCCUCCCUGUGGUUUUGUAGGCCAUAAGAUUAGUAUGAAAAUGGCAUUGAUCAUAGCAGUGCCACCAGGAAAGUAAGAUGUAACAUUUCAGAAGGAUGGGUGCUGGGGCUACAGAGUUACAAAGAAUGGGAAGACAAACAGCUUCACGUCUUCACAUUUUUAAUCGGCACAAAAGAUCUCAGAAAUACAGAUUUGACAGGCAUGGAUUGUGGACUGUGCGUCUCUCCCAGGCCACACCCCUCACUUCCCCUGCUCUGUGUUCUCCUUUUGUACUUUUUCUGGCUGGAAUGGUCCCUUAAACUGUGAUAAUGUGAUGGAGAGGGGGGGUGUAUGCAUGCAUGCGAAAUCCUCUGGUUUUUGUGUGGUUGCAAUGUAGCCUAAUGUUGCUCCAUCCACUUUUGCCUAUGACCACACCCACCACUGGCACGCAGCAUUCAGAAGGGAAUCCACAGCAGACCUAGAGCAUUUGCCAUCCCUGUGCAUGGAUUUAGGUACCCACUCUUAUCCUGUUUUCUCUGAUCUGUCAUGUGGGUGAAUAUGCCAUUAGGGCAGGCUGCUCAUGAGUGGCUUGUGGAUCUCAGAGGACUGAGCCUGAUUGAAUGUGUCCAAAACACGUCAAUAAAAUCUCCAUGUGGAAGUGCUCCUAAUCUAGGCAUGGAUUAUUUGUGUUCAUUCAUAAAUCUGUUCUGUCCAAUUUCCUUGCCAAUCUGCAUAUGUUUUUAAAACUCCUUUAAAAAACUGCAUUGUUAAAAGUAUUUCCCCCUCAGUAUCUACAAUUUUUUGUACAUAUUUCAUUUGAAAAAUACAUAUUUUCUGUAUUACAACCUAAAAUACACAUUUCAUUUGCAUAUUGGUACUUGUUUGUUUUUUUUUGACCCAAGAAUUGUAUUUCAAACUUCAGAAAAAUGCAGAAACCACAGUGCCCCUAUCAUGUAAUGUUUAAAAAUGGUGAUGGGAUGAAAUUCUUGAGCAGCCCUCCAAGCGUGAUUCAAAGCCUGUGGGGUUUUUUUUUAAAAAAAAAUCAUGGUCUCUGUCUCAAAAGGGCAAUUUGAAGCCUCAGUUGUACAGUAUGAUACACUUGAAAGGAAAACUAGAAAAGAGUCAGCUGCUGAGGUGUAUCGUCCCUGCACCUGUUCUACAAAACAAACAAAUCUUUUCUACAUCUAAGUCCCUGUUCUGCAAGAAAGAGCUUGUGGUCUCUGUGGCUCACAGGAAAUAUUAAUGAACGCAAAAUGGAGCAUCAAAUACCACUUGUGUGAAGUUAACUUUCUGUCUGCUGUGCAGCUAUGAGAAGGCACAAGAGUCCUCCCCGCCCCCCCCGAAAAAGUUGGCAACCUCUAAAUUCUCCCGUCAAAUACUUUGAGAAAUAUAUUAUUCUUGAAAAGUGGUAUACAGAUGUGCUAAGAGAAAUAUAAUAGCAUAUUUAUUUAAUUUUGUAGACCGCUUUGUUUUUCAGCAGAAAUCUCUGACUUCUGAUCCCUAACAGAAAACUUCCAUUGUUCUCUCUCCCUCCCUCCCUCUACCCCCAAAUUCUCAUUUCAGAAUCAUUUCAAUGAUGAGUGCAAAUUCAAAGAGAUCCUGCUGCCCAACAACUACAACGCCUACGAAUCCCAGAUCUACCCCGGGAUGUACAUAGCCCUGAGCAAAAAUGGACGAACAAAGAAAGGCAACAAAGUCUCUCCCACCAUGACAGUGACACAUUUUCUUCCUAGGAUCUGAGCGCUUGUCCCUUCAGACUUAACCUCAGGGAAGUGGGGAGGAGGCGAGAGACCCGAGAGGCGGAGGAGGGGAAACCUAUGGUGCACUUUUCUUUUAAGAGUUUUAUGCAAGAGUAGAUGUAAGAUAUUUAAAUUAUUUAAUUCUGUAUAUAUUGCCAGAAAGUUAUUUAUAGUUCUGAUUUUUAAAAAAGAAAUUCC